AUGAAUUUUAAACUAGUAGAGCCUACAUCCAAUAAGCCAGAAAUCCCUGAUGAACAACAUGAAAACAAGAUCAAUCGGUCAUUAUUUACAAAUCAAUCCUCUAAAUCUAUUGGUCUUUCAAUUAUGGAGAAAAUGGGCUUUAAAGUUGGAGAUUCGUUGGGUGUAAACAAUAAUAAUGCCAUUAAAGAACCGAUACUAAUUCAGAAACGUACACACAGAAUUGGUCUUGCUGUAGGGCAAAAUAAAACUGAACCCAUGCCUACAUAUUCCAAAGAAAAAGUAGAUGACUUGAAAAAACGGUUGGUUAAUCACUCCAAACAACAAGUCGAGAUUAAAGAAGUUCGCAAAAUCAUGAAACUUUGUUUGGAAAUGAGUGGUGAGUAUGAUAAGUAUCUUGAAGAUUCUGACAUAGAUGGAGUGAAUGAACUAUGGAGACCAUACUUGAUUGAAUCUGAAUCAAGUCGACAACGGUAUAAAUUCACCACUGUCAAAGAAAAGACAAAGCAAAUACCAACUACGAUAGUAGAUCUAGUAGAAGAUUUAGAACAACGCUCAAGUCGGCUACUUGACUACUUACGCGAUACCCAUUCAUAUUGCUGGUAUUGUGGAACCAAAUUCAAUGAUCAAGUGGAUCUAGUUACUAAUUGUCCCGGCAGAUCUCGUGAUGUGCAUUUAAUAUAA